GUGUGGCCAAGUGGCAGUGUCUCAGCACCGGCUGGUUCAAAUUUGGACCAGACUUGUCCGACUGUGUGUCUGUUUGGCUGGAUGCCCAGCUGAAAAGUGUGGAGUCUGAGACGCCGGUUAAUGAAGCUGCAGCUGAGCUGAGUGAAAGCGUCAAGUCCCGACCCAUGACCUCCGGUGACCUUAAACUGGCCGCUACCAAAAUGUUGCCCACACUGGGGAAAGGGUUACAGCGGGACAUGGGGGUGAUCCCGCCCAUGCUACGCAAGAGGAGGAUGAAGAAGUUUAAGAAGGAUGUGAUGAACACAGGGAGCCAUCUCUUGUCAGAAGACAAUCAGGAGUCGUGGCAAGGUUUGUCUCGCCAAGACCGCGUCUGGUCGGCAACAUCUCUGCUCCUCUCCAUGGAGGACACAGGGUUCCAGUCCGCUGCCGUUAUGGAUCUGGGUGCUUCCGAAGUGACGGUAGAUGAGAAUAUAGUUAUGGAGGUGAGUGUGCUGGACACUGGCACAAGUCAAAGGGAUGUGGUCUUCCCCUCCAGCUCUAGCCUGGCGCACACUCCGUGGUCCACAUCGUCUGACUCCAUCACACUCACCCGCGACAGCGUCAGGGAAGCUGGUGGCACAGGGCGUCUAAACGUCGUAUUCAGCAUCUACCGCAACAUGAAUGAGCUCAUCCAACCAGAGGACAACAAACUUCCCAGCAUGCCCUCUGACCCCGACUUUAAUUCGGGCACCAUCAGAGAUAGCGAGAAGGAUGGGAAGAGACGACAACCCAGCGUCAUCGUCAACACCAACAUUAUCUCUGCGUCCGUCCAUGGGCGCAGGCCGGGGAUGCGUUUGGCCGAUCCAGUCAGAUUUACUUUGCACCAUUUACAGCCCAACAAUGAAGCCGUACCAGCCUGCUCCUUCUGGGAUGUGGAUCAAAGUGCUAAGAGUGGACGCUGGUCACAGGAUGGUUGUCGUAUGCUGGAUACGAACUUAACACACACCACAUGUGAGUGUGAUCAUCUGACCAACUUUGCCGUGCUCAUGGAUAUCUCAGGGACAGAGCUGUCGAGAGAUGCUGAGCUGGGCCUGAUCUGGGUGACCUACAUCGGCUGUGCCCUGUCCAUCAUCUGCCUGCUCCUGGCCUGGAUCACGUUCACCGUGUUCAAAAAUCUUCAGUGUGAUCGCAACACCAUCCACAAGAACCUGGUGCUCACCCUGAUGUUGGCCGAGCUUGUCUUUUUGGCAGGAAUAGCUCAGGUGGAGCAUAAGAUUCUGUGCUCCAUCAUCGCGGGUGUUCUGCACUUCCUGUUCCUUUCAGCCUUCGCCUGGAUGUGCCUGGAAGGAGUUCAGCUUUACGUUAUGUUAGUGGAGGUUUUUGAACAGGAGCGUUCGCGUCUGCCGUGGUACUACCUCUUUGGAUAUGGUACCCCAGUGAUCAUUGUAGCAGUUUCAGCGGGUGUUAACUACCAGGGUUAUGGCACAGACAAACACUGCUGGCUGAGCACUGAGAACCAUUUCAUCUGGAGCUUUGUGGGACCUGUGUUGGUGGUCAUGCUGGUGAACAUCGUCAUGCUCGGUAUUGCCAUCUACAUCAUGUGUCGACACUCUAACAUGUCCGCCACCAUGAAAGAAAGGUCAAAGGUUACCAAAUUUAGCGUCUCAGACAGUCUGGGCAGCGUGGAGACCUUCGCUCCGCCAAGACUUAGGUUCCCAGAUUUGCCGGCGUGGGUGAAGGGCGCAGUGGUACUGAUGGUGCUGCUGGGUGUGACGUGGCUGGUGGGUCUCCUCUUCCUGAACAAACACAUGGUGGUCAUGGCUUACCUGUUCACCAUCCUCAACUCUCUGCAGGGACUCUUUAUCUUCCUCUUCCACUGCAUCAUGAAUGAAAAGGUUCAAAAAGAGUACCGCAAGGUGGCUCGCAGAACCUCCUGGCUGCCAGAUUGUAUCCGAAUCAACUAUGGCGGCUAUAACGGAGGGGCCACCACUUCCCCUAAUGCCUCCUCUGGCUCUGGAAAUUUCCUUUCGCGACUUUUUGGCCAAGGCCGUAAGCAGUCGGCCGCUUCUACCAACAGCUCUGCCAGACCCUUCCUGCAGAAAGAUGCUCACCUGCGCAGUGAUGGAGAGAAUUCAUCCAGCAGAGACAACAGCACGGCCCCCUCCUCCCUCAACGGCUACGUGUACAACCCACAGAUGUACUCCAACGGACACUCCAAAGCCCCGCUACUAAUGAACAACAACGGCGGUGUCAAGGGAAGUAACAACGGACAGCUUCUCACCCCUUGCUACGAGACGCUGGAUGGAGUCGCUGGGGAUUUGUCGGAGUAUUUGGAGUGCUCUGUGGUGAAUUCAGAGUUUGUGUCUGAAUAUUGUCAGGACAACAUGCAGGUGAGUCAAGAACGGCGCCGAUACUCUACUGGGUCUGAGGACAGCGAGAUGAUGUCAUCACAGCUUCCUGUGCCGCACGUAAUGGAUCAUGACAACCUGUCAAACUUGUCCGUGGCCUCAAGCACACGAAAGCCAGCCUCGUUUGCCAUGACCUCUGACCUCGGUGACCAUGCUGAUCUAGACGAUCCGAACUACGAGGAACCCUUGCCUGGAGACGGGCAGUUGGAUCUUCUUCAGUAUAUCAUCCCUGCGAAGAAACGGAAUGGAGAGGAGGAGGAUUCGGGAUGCGACACCACUCAAGAUCGGAGAACGAGAGUGUGUGUGGGGGAGAACAGACAUUUAUCCCCAGCAGCUGCCGCAGCCUCAGAAGGCAAGAGCUCAAGUCUAAAUAAACUGACCAAACCCGCGGGCCUGUCCCUGUCUAGCAUUCCCGAGACGACUGACCCCUCGUCGCCUCAACACUCCAGCACACCCAACCUUCAGUUUGUGCCGGGCUACGUUGCCCCUCUCCCCCACGCCACCAGCUCACCAAUCACCAACGGCCCCCCUGACAUGAGUUUGUUUCCCUCUGCCGUAGCGGCAGCUUGUCCCGUUGUGUCCAGCCCAGAUUCUGACAAGUCCAGUCUGCCGAACCUGGCUGUUGAUCCUCUGACCGUUGAGGUUACGGACAAUGGAAGCCAUGACAGUGACCACAAAAAAAGACAUUCCUCGGGGGCAGAUCUUCAGUUUAGUCCUUUCAAGUUCUCGUCAUCUGACUGUUGAGAUUGAGAAGAACUCAUGUGUCCCUGUUAUGUUGCGUCUUACAACUCAAUCUGAUGUUUGAAGAUGAACAGAGUUGAUUUUAAAAUUCCAGUACGCUUUAUCUGUUACUUGGCGACCAGUCACUGCCUGGGGGAAAUGUGGUUGUUACCGUGACAACUGGCUGAAAACUACACAGCUACAGCUUGUGGAACUGUUACGAUGUCAUUUUUCCAUAACUGUCUGGAAAUAAAAAGGUUCCUAACCAUA